CGGCGAAGUAAACUACUGUCUCCCUUCCAGCAUCAUCAGUCUCCACCUCCAUCACUUCUAUUCAGACUUACCGCACACAAAACUGGAUUCUAUUGUCAUCUGUCUACUUAAAUCCAACAUCUGAUAUCAGUAUGUCUGACAAGAGUGAGCUGAAGGCUGAACUCGAGAGGAAGAAACAGCGGAUCGCCCAGAUUCGAGAGGAGAAGAAGAGAAAAGAAGAGGAGAAGAAAAAGAAGGAUGGAGACUCAAAACGUGGUGCUGAGGCGGGGUCUUCUGUCGGCCAUGAAGACUCUGACCUGGAGAGGAAGAGGAGGGAGGCGGAGGCUCUGCUGCAGAGUGUCGGCAUCACCCCCGACAUACCCCACGCUCAGCCCCUGAGGGUAGUAACAGAAGAUACAUGUCUGUUUCACUACCUAGUCCCCGCCCCCAUGUCUCCCUCCAACAAAUCAGUGGGCAGCGAUGCAGGAAGCCAAGAUUCUGGGGACGGAAACGCAGGACCAAGGACAUUGCAUUGGGAUCCUGACCCCUCUACUCUGCAACUCCACUCCGACUCUGAGCUCCUGGGACGUGGAGCUGUGAGGCUGGGAAUGUCCAAAGUGACCCAGGUGGACUUCAUCCCGAAGGAAAUGGUGUCCUACUCCAAAGAAACACAGACACCAACUGAGACAUUGACACAAGCUGAUCAGAAAGCAGAUGAGGAAGAGGAUGAGGAGAUAACUGCUCCCCCACCAGCAGAGGACACCCAAGAGGAGAAAGCUGAACCGGGCGAGCAGCAGGAGGAGGACACUCCCAAAGAGCUGACAGAAGAAGAGAAGCUGCAGAUUCUGCACUCUGGGGAGUUCUUGUCGUUUUUCGAGCGAGGCAGCAGAAUUGUGGAGAGAGCUCUGGCUGAGCAGGUGGACGUCUGCUUCGACUACAGUGGCAGAGAUCUCGAGGAUAAGGAGGGUGACUUGCAGGCAGGUGCAAAGCUGGUUCUGAACAGACAGUUUGCAGAUGAGCGCUGGACUAAAAACAGAGUGGUCACCUGUCUAGACUGGUCUCCUCAGUAUCCAGAGCUGCUGGUGGCUUCAUAUAACAAUAAUGAGGAUGCUCCCCACGAGCCUGAUGGAGUGGCACUGGUCUGGAACAUGAAGUACAAGAAGGGCACCCCCGAGUACAUCUUCCACUGCCAGUCAGAGGUGAUGUCAGCCGGGUUUGCAAAGUUUCACCCUAACCUGGUGGUGGGCGGGACGUACUCUGGACAGAUUGUCUUAUGGGACAACAGGAGCAACAAACGCACCCCUGUUCAGAGAACUCCUCUGUCUGCAGCUGCACACACACAUCCAGUCUACUGUGUGAACGUGGUCGGAACCCAAAACGCAAACAACCUGAUCAGUAUUUCCACUGAUGGCAAAAUGUGCUCCUGGAGCCUGGACAUGCUCUCCCAGCCACAGGACAGCCUGGAGCUGGUAUUCAAACAGAGCAAAGCGGUGGCUGUAACUUCCAUGGCCUUUCCUCUGGGUGACGUUAACAACUUUGUGGUGGGGAGUGAGGACGGCUCUGUCUACACAGCCUGUCGCCACGGGAGUAAGGCGGGUAUCACAGAGGUGUUUGAAGGCCAUCAUGGUCCGGUGACCGGGCUGAGCUGUCACAGUGCUGGAGGACCGGUUGACUUCUCUCAUCUCUUCAUCUCCGCCUCUUUUGACUGGACUGUCAAACUCUGGAGCACUAAGAGUACCCGUCCAUUGUACUCGUUCGAGGACAGUUGUGACUAUGUCUAUGAUGCGAUGUGGUCUCCAACGCACCCUGCUCUGUUUGCUUGUGUGGACCUAAGUGGACGCCUGGACCUGUGGAACCUCAACAAUGAUACAGAGGUUCCCACUGCCAGUGUGUGUGUGGAGGGGGCUCCAGCACUGAACCGUGUGAGAUGGGCUCACUCUGGUAAAGAGAUUGCCACUGGGGACUCAGAGGGACAGGUGCAGGUCUAUGAUGUAGGGGAGCAAAUCUGUGUGCCGAAGGCUGACGAGUGGACGCGCUUUGUCAGGACGCUGGCUGAGAUCAAUGAGAACCGAGACGAGGCUGAGGAGCUGGCCAACGUCUGAUGUUACAAACCCCACGCUGACAACUGCUCAUAAAUUUCUUUCCAGUACACUCCACACAUAUAGCACACUACACGACACUGGCUUCCAACCUGUCCACCUACUACAACAUGAAUUGGCCUGAGGAGAUGUGCAGAGCUAGAAGGGAUAGAAGAGACAGUUUUAGACGAGUUUUAGAUGUGUUUUUAGAAACGUCUCGAAGAGUUUUAGAGUACCUUUGUAGGAACAAUGAAUGUGGUAGUAGUAGUAGUAGCUACAUUUAAGUGGUUGGAAGUCUAACUGACAGAGGAAUACAGGGAAGUGAUUUUCAGAGUAGAUGUGGCUGUCCGCUCUAAACUUCUAGCUUUGAAGACAUCCUCAGGGCUCCAAGAAACUGCUCUUCUCCUGAGGCCUCAACCAACUCAGUUCUUUUUUAAAUAUGCAAACCUUUGUACUUGCACCUUUUUAUUACCAUUUGAGUGUUUUUACAUGUUUUAAUAUUUUCCUGGACACACUUGUGUGCAGGGCUGGCACAGUGUGUGUUGACAGAGUGAAAAAAAGAAAAGCUGACAUAUCACCAUCAGGGGCCGUAUUCACAAACAUUCUCAGAGUCCAGUCAGAGAGCUCCUAACUUAGCCUAAACAUUUCUAGCUAGGAGUCCCAGCUUUGAAGUGAUUUAGGACAAUUCUCCGAGCAACUCUGAGCAAGGAAAGGACUGAAGCUUUUACCUUAGUGAGGAGGCGUGGUUGACCUCUUUGCUAGGUAUGACGCAUACUUUUAGACGGUGUCAUUGGCUAAUUCUUACUGAUAGUGGACAGUGAAAUCGAUAGGCCUAAUCAUAGAAUUAAGACAUGGUGUAAUUAUGAAUACUAUUUUAUGUAAUGCCUACUUGCGCAUGGCUGAGAGUUGUUAUAUUUAUUUGCUUACGUUUGCUACCAUGCUGGUAAUUUUAGUGCAUGAUCUAUUUGAUAGGCCUAUUAACGGGAGAAAAAUGGCUCAGUUAAUUGACAUAACUCCACCAUAAACAUAACCAUAAAUGUCCUUUUGUGUGCCUGCAAGGUGCAUUCAGCAUUCAGAAAUGCUGCAUUUUUCCAGCUGCCAAAUAUCUUCUAUAAUAUAGCGUUAUUUUGUUAGGUGGGAGAGCACAUCUUGAAUGAGAUCAACCACAAACAUUAUUCCUGCACCAUCUUAUCUGUAGCAUUUCAUGAAUUCACUGUCAUUCAGCGUUUGGAGAGUAUUUCUCUUUCCACAAUUUUCUCCUCUGCUUAAGAAACUCUUCUGCCUCUUAAAAGUUUAAAAGUCCUCCUCCCUCCUACUCCCAACAGGUUUUCACCUCAGGAGCUCUCUUAAGGGCUAAAAUGCUUUGCAAUUAACUUUUACCUUUAUCAGAAUCUAGUCUUAAUUGUAAGGAGAAAUUCUUAGAAAAAGUCAUCACUCCAAGAAUUUUCUUAGCACUGGGAAUCUUCAUGAAUACAGCUCCAGAUCGUCUUCAUCGUCAACAGCACUUGAAUUUGAUGACUAAAACAUUUUAAGUGCUUACAUGUGCUCACUCAGACCUGUGCACAAGUGUGUCAAUGUUACAUUCUAACCACUACAAUAUUUAAUAUUUAUUCUGGUGGUUGCACUUAUUUAAAUAUUUUGUUUGUUUAUGAAAUGCUGCUUUGUAUUAAGACCUUGAGUAGUCAAUUCCUAAAAUUAGCACUACAAGCUUUUUACUAGGCAAAAUCUGUUACUAUACUUGCCUUGAAUUUAUUGACACAAGUACAGUUAAAAAGUUCAGGGUUUUUUUCUGUACCAAAGGUUGUUUAUACUCUGAACCUAUGAAACGAGUGGUAGAAAACCAUUUCCUGAUUUGUCCUCUUUAAGAGGAUCCAAAUAAACUACAGGAAGUUUUAAAUGGAGAUGUAACGCUGAGGUUGGAAAAUAAUUUUUGCUUUUCAUUAGUUUCUUUUUCCAUCCAAUUUUUUCAUUCCUUCCAUAAUGCAGCAGUCCAACCUCACCAGGCUGGUUAAAAUUUUCAUCUUGAAAUGCUUUCUCUUUAAAUGUUUAAAAUUAGCUAAAAAAAAAAAAGCACUGUAGCAAUCAUAUUUGAUA